GAUGGGAAGAAUUUGGAGCUGAAGAAGAUAACGAAAAUUUCUUAACUUCUUAGUGUGGACAACAACAUUCCCCUUAUUUUUCAGUGAACUGAUCUCAGAGAGACUCUCAUUCUGUAAGGAAAUAUAAGCGCUUUAGGAACAAUUUGUGAAUCGAGAGCGGGGGAGAGGAAAUUAUGUCUAGUAACAGUGUGUUCCAGGCACCCAUUCAUAGCUACUUACAACUUCCGGCCACGAAACUUGCAUCAAAAAUUCGCCGAUUAGAAAUUGGUGUUGAGGAACUUUUGCAAGUAUUCAUUGACAGGAUAAAUGCAGUCAAUAGUAGCAUCAAUGCAGUGGUCGCCAAUCGUUUCUCAGAAGCUUUGGCUGAGGCGAGAGAGGUCGACGAGGAACUUCAUAAGAUGACUCAAAUUCAGAGAGACGAACUGGAGAACGAGAAACCUCUGCUGGGUGUGCCAUUUACCGCCAAAGAAGCUUUUGCGGUCAGAGGCUUGCCUAAUAGUGGUGGUCUCGUGGCUCGUAAAGACUGCAUAGCCGAAGAAGACGCAGUUGUUGUGGGUCGUUUACGACAGGCUGGAGCUAUCCCAAUUGCCCUUUCCAACUGCAGUGAAUUAUGCAUGUGGUGGGAGUCAGCAAAUCGGGUUUAUGGAAGGACUAGCAAUCCAUUUAACAGGUCCAAAAUAGUUGGGGGUAGCUCUGGAGGAGAGGGUGCUAUCAUUGGAGCAGCUGGAUCAGUAUUCGGCGUGGGAUCAGGUUAAAAUUGUUAUUGCAUUUACUUACUCGCUCAUUAAUUCAUGUCAAUCAGUCAGUCAAUCAAUCAAGCAGGUAAAUUUCUAAAGAACCUGUGGUGCUGCAUCGGUGGGAGAGUAUAACAGGGUAAUUUAGUGUUAUCAAUUGGGUUGAUAAUGUAAAUUGGCCAUCAUAAAGAGUUUCAAAGCUGAUGUUUUGAUUGUUAGCCCUUUGUCUUAGUGUUCUGACCAAUCAGUCUACUAGUCAAGGUAAUUUGGGAUUAUCAACUGAGUUGAUAAUGCAAAUUUUCUACCUUUAAGAGUCAAGAGUUUAGCUUCGAAACUUUUAAAGGUGGUCAAUUUACAUCAUCCACUCAGUUUAUAAUACCAAAUUACCUUGUUAUACCCUCCCACUGACACAACACCACAGCUUCUUUAGAAACCUACCCUCUAUGUCAAUAUGUUAGCCAGUCAAUUAAUUGGCUAGUCAGCCAUUGAGUCAGACAGUCAUUCAGGUAGUCUUUCCUCAUUUGCUCAGUUUUUUUGCUACUUAUUUAUUUCUUUUUUUUUUUUCUCUCUGCUCGUUCAUUCAUCCAUGGGGCUAUACAUUGAUCAAUCAUUUGGUCAUCCCUUUCCUUUGUUCAUAAACAUACAAAUUCAAACACUUAUCUAAACCAAACUUUACUCAAACAAACUGCAGUCAGUCAAUAAAUUAAACAUUAAUUUGUUCUGCAAUCAAUCUGUUAUCUCUUAUUUUUAAUUAUUAUUCUUGUAGACAUUGGUGGCAGUAUAAGAAUGCCGUCAUUUUUCACUGGAAUAUUUGGACACAAGCCUAGUCCAGACAUUGUACCCAAUGCUGGUCAGUUUCCUGAUGCAUCAGGUAACAGACAGCAGUUCUUGUGCACUGGGCCUAUGUGCCGAUAUGCAGAGGACCUCAAACCUCUUCUGAAGGUAUGCAACUUUUAGAUACUUCACUUAAACACUAUGUUUGAUUAAAUCACUAGUAUAUAUAAAAAAAUUCUUACCUCUGAUUGGCUAAGAGAAAUGCAUUUUCAGGUAACAAAAUGAACGAGAUUUAAUUCAGUGCAGAGAAGGGUAAUUCAGUGCAAACAAGUGAUACAAGAAAAUUUAGUGCAAACUGUUUUGGGGGCUUAGAAAUAUUUUGCAGUAUAAAAAAUUUGUAAAAAGUUAGGAAAUUACACAAGUUUGCAUUUUGAUUUUGUAAAGUCUAGGUGGUCUUUGUUAAAUUUUUUUGAGAUACAGGAGGGCAAUGAAGCUACUAUGCUUUGUACAAACUCAUGGCAACCAUACUUGGUUGGGUACAUAUCAAAGAGCUAGUACCAGUCCUCUCUCCUUCAUGUUGGAACACUCAUCUGGUUAUAAUAAUAUUAUUGUUGUCACUAGUAACUAGGUAGAAGCUUUUAAGGUCUACAUGUUCAGCUGAACAUGUGAUGUCUUAAAUCUCUCUGGUAAGCUAUUCACCAAAAUGCUUGAAGAUUAAAAUCACAUUUUUAACUUUUAGGUUAUGGCAGGAGAUCAAGGAGCAUCAAAAUUGAAUCUUGCAAGGGAUGUAGAUGUUACAAAGCUGAGAUAUUUUAGCAUUGAGGAUUGUGGAGGACACUUUUUGAUAUCAAAUGUUGAUCCUGAACUAAAGCAGGCCCAGCAAUAUGUCUGUCAACAACUUGAGGAAAAACUUGGUGUGGAAGUAGUGAAACUUAAAAUUGAAAAACUUUCAAACUCCCUUGAGAUUUGGUCAUCGAUGAUGUCUUCUGGAGCACAAAAGUCAUUUUGUUAUUACAUGGGUAACCAAGUGUCAGAAGUUAAUCCCUUCUGGGAACUUUUGAAAGCUUGUAUUGGACUCUCUAAUCACACACUUCCUGCAAUUGGUUUGGGCAUGCUGGAAAAAUUUGAAAGUUUAACACCUAAAAGGGUAUCAGAGUCUUUCAUUCAAAUGGCUGAGGAGCUAAGACUGGAACUUGAAGGUAUUCUAGGGGAAGAUGGAGUCUUAAUCUAUCCCUCUCACCCGUCAGUGGCUGUCAACCAUUGCGUUCCCUUGUUAUUUCCUUUUAAUUUCUCAUACACAGCUAUUUUUAAUGUUCUUUAUUUCCCUGUAACUCAGUGUCCUGUUGGGCUGGGAAAGGCAGGCUUACCUCUUGGAAUUCAGGUGGCAGCAGCAAAGGAUAAUGACUGUCUAACCAUUGGUGUUGCCAUGGAGAUUGAGAGGCUAUGUGGUGGUUGGGAUGGGUUAUUUAAACAAAAACAAUCUGGUCUGAACAUUGAUCAAUAAAAAACAACAUUUUACUCUGAAUUAAGUUUGCAUUAGAAACAAAAUACACCAUAUUUUUGACACAAUAAUAAAUCAACAUAUUUUAAUAAAAUUGUAGUAUACCCAAAAGCACAAGAUUAUACUACUUAUUGUAAACUAAAAGUUGUGAAAUAAGCUACCUGUAUUUUAGAAGAAAAUCCUAUCUUUCUUUUUUUUUUUAAUUAACAUUUUAGAAAUGUUUAAUUUAGAGUGAAAUGUAAUUCAGGAUUUCACUAUAUUUUAUGGUUAGUUUAAUGACCUCUUGCCAUGUCAGUCAGUGAGAUACAAAACUGAAACCAGUUGUGACUUGGUUACAAUUAUUGUCUCAUUAAAGACAGUUAUAUAUAUUCACUUUGAGUUCUCAGUGAUUCCAUGGGAAAUUUCCUUUCUUUCUGCCAGGCAUAGAGAGUUCUUUGACUCUGGAUUGAGAAAUGCCCUAUUAUGAGG